AUCUGUUUUACCCUUUACCAAUCAAAAUAUGACUUAUGUGUCUUUUGGUUCAUUUCUUCUCCAAUUCUCUUUUUUGUGGUCUUAUCUUUUACUUCUCACUUAUCUUUUUCUUUCGAUAUUUUUUGAUAUUACUUAUCUUCUUCACUAUCAAUUCCCAUUUUCGGACUUCUCUUCUUCGUUCUCACUUUCCGUCACCGGAUGAGUUUGGAUUCGGAUGUUCUGUGAUGAAUUUAAAACCCUAUUUCGAUGGCGAUGCUUAAUUCUUUUACAGGUGAGUUUUAGUUCUUUACCGCUCGGGUCUAUUUAGUGUAAAAUUCAACUCUAAUUGCUGAGAUUCUGACGUUGUGCUCGGCCGGGAUGGUUCUUCUCUUCGAUUGUCAUUCGAUCGUGAAUGUAAAUCGACCAAAAUCGACCUACUCGAAGUUCUUCCGCUGUAAACCCAGUUUUGUUUUCAAAUUGUAUAUUUGUUAAUUCUUCUAUAAUUAUAUUUUUGAAUAUGAAAAUGAAUUUUGUUAUUGAUUGAUUAAUUGAUUGAUUGAGUAGUUUUGUAGAAGUCCCGUCGUUGUGCUGACUCCGGCGUUAUUUAUGGCGCCCGCCAUAAGAAUUGGUGAGGCGGCGGUCCACGAGUACCACGGCAUAGGGAAGCCUGUGUGCAUAUCUUUAGCAAAUAAUGGCAUAUGCAGUGCUCAUAAAAACCCUCCUUUGUGAAAGAUUAUUACCACUAGAGAGGAAGCUAAUACUUGAUUUGUUGUUAUCUAGCGGGAUGUACGAGUAGAACCAAGCAUUGCAGGAGCUAUCGACUAAGGUGUUUCAACCCAUAUGGAGGAAUGCAAAAACAGUCUUGAAGAUCCUCAACAUUCUAGAGAUUCUGGAAAUCAUCAGUUUUGUCCAUUUGUUGGUAUGAAUGUAUGACGGAAGCACCUGCAACUAUAGGGGUUUUGAGGCCAUGAAAUUAAGUCACUGAAUUAGCAAGUGGUCAUAUAAUUCCAAGAGUUGGAUUUUAAACUCAUUCAUAGUGAUGGGACAGAUCGUGAAGAGGAAGAAGAAAGGGAGGCCAUCAAAGUCGGAUCUAGCACGGCAGCAACGAUCGUCGCCGGCGGCGGCAGCAGCAGCUUUACAAGAGAAGAAUGAUCGGCGGCAAAGUCUCCGGCGGAGGAAUGUGAGGUACAAUAACUUUAUAGAUUACGACGAUUACCUCGACGAGUACGAAGAGUACGAGCACUUACAAAAUCCACAUCAAGAUAAUGAAGGACUGGAGGAUGAAGAAGACGACGACGAUGAGGAGGAAGAAAACGAGAGAAGAAAAGAGAAGAAGCUUAAGCUAGUGUUGAAAAUACAGAACCAGAGAGCGGCACGUGGAUUUGACGCUCGGGAAAUGGCGUCUGAUGAGGAGGAGGAGGAAGAGGAAGAGGAGGAGGAUGAUGAUAGGGAAAUGAAGCCGUUGAAGAAGAAGAGAAAGAAAAUCAACGGUGGGGAUGAGAGUGAAGCAGAGGAGGAGAGUGAAAAUGAUAAUGAAGAGGAAAGGGUAGUGAAAGGUAAUGCAACAAAAGGGCAGGAGGAUUGUGUACCAGGGACACCACCGUCUAAUUAUCCGAAUGGGUUGCCUUUGCCUGAUAAGAAGUUGCUGGAGGUGAUUCUUGACAAGAUUCAAAAGAAGGACAUUUAUGGUGUGUAUGCGGAACCCGUGGAUCUUGAAGAGCUUCCGGAUUAUCUUGACGUGGUUGAUCAUCCAAUGGAUUUUGCCACAGUGAGGAAGAAGCUGGGGAAUGGGUCGUACUCUACUUUGGAACAAUUUGAGAGUGAUGUUUUUCUUAUAUGCUCAAACGCUAUGCAGUACAAUUCAUCGGAUACCAUUUAUCAUAAACAGGCACGCACCAUCCAAGAGCUGGCAAAACAGAAGUUCCAGAAGCUAAGAGUUGACUUUGAGCGCUCUGAGAAGGAGCUACGUUCUGAGAAGGAGCUCAAAUCAGAACAGAAAACAAAAAAUUUAUUGGCCAAGAAGCCGGUGAAGAAACCUUUGAACCGGGCUGUGCAGGAACCGGUCGGCUCUGAUUUUUCUUCAGGAGCCACUCUUGCCACUACGGGCGAUGUCCAGAAUGGUUUUGUUGCUAUCCAAGGCUUUCAAGCCAGUGGAAAUGACAGGCCUAAUAAUGUCAAUGGCCCUAUAGAGGGUAACUCUAUCCCACUUGAUAAUAUUCCGGAUAGAACCGAAGAUCUAUCAUCAGGAAAGGGUAACCUGUCCAAAUAUGGGAAGAAGCCAUCCAUUCUUGAUGAAAACCGUCUUGCAACUUAUAAUGUAUCCAAUCAACCAAUGGCCAGAUCAGAAUCGAUUUUUACUACGUUUGAGGGGGAAAUCAAGCAGUUUGUUGCAGUUGGACUUCAGGCAGAAUAUUCUUAUGCAAGGAGCAUGUCUCGUUUUGCUGCAACUCUUGGACCUGCUGCGUGGAAAAUUGCCUCUCAGAGAAUUGAGCAAGCGUUACCUCCGGAUUUUAAGUUUGGUCGUAGAUGGGUUGGAGAAUAUGAGCCGCUGCCCACACCAGUAUUAAUGGUUGAAACACGUAUGCAGAAAGAACCUCUUUUCUUUACAAAGUUACAAGGUGCUGUUGAUACGCAGAUGAGUGACGUAAUUUCAAGGACCUCAGUUCCUGGUGAGGAGAAUCUUAAUAGAGCACCAACUUUUGAAAGAAAGCCAUCUUUACUUCAUCCUAGAAGCGGACCCAUCUUAGAAGGAAGACCGUCAUUGUUCUCUUCUGUUGGAUCAAAAUCCAGCACCCCUAUCCCUGUUGUCCCCACAAGUCAGAAGCAAAACCUUCCACCCAAGAAUUUCACUGAGGCUCAGAAUAAGUCAUUAAAACAAGUCGAACUCAAUUUGCCCCCUUCAAGCUAUCAACACGAUAGUGAUGUUCUAAUACCGAAACAGCUUGCAAAAAAUUCAGAAAUGACAGCUCUCAAGCCACGGGAGGUUCCAAGGACUGUGGGGCUUAUGCACUCGAUUCCUUCCAAGCAGCCGGAUAGUAAUGGCUCUGUAGGGCUGCCUAAUGGAAAAGUAAAUAAUCGCUUAAAUAGAACGGUUAGUUCAUCUUCUAAUGGUGUUCCCAAUCAAAAAGCUCGAGCAGCAACAUUUUCUGUGCAGGGAGAGGAACGGGUUGUUAGUGAUCCAGUUGAAGCAAUGAGAAUAUCAGCUGAGAGGAUUCAGAGUCAGCAUAAUCAGUCGGCCAGUAACUCACCAAUUACGCCAUCAGUCCCUCCUGGAACAAAAGAUUCAAGUAAUGCUGCUGUUGCUGCAGCACGAGCAUGGAUGUCCAUAGGUGCAGGAGGUUUUAGACCUCCAACAGAAAAUUUGCCUUCACCGAAAAACCAGAUAUCUGCAGAGUCGUUAUAUAACCCAGCUCGGCAACAUCAUGCACAGAUCCCUCGAGUUCAGGGGCAGUUCCCUAUUCCUGGAAUGGUCCAAUUUCAGGGUGAGAAGAAUAAUUUUCCAUUUCAAGCAUUUAUGAGGCCACAUGGUCAUGCAGGAAAUGAAGGACAAUUUCCAAAUAGGCCUAUGGUUUUCCCUCAGUUUGCAGCAGCUGACCUGUCUAGGCUUCAAAUGCAAUCCCCGUGGCGAGUGCUAAGUCCGCAUGCUCAGCCAAAGCCGAAACAAGAGACAUUUUCUCCCGACUUGAACAUUGAUUUCCAAUCUCCCGGAUCUCCAGUGAAACAGUCUUCCGGUGUUAUGGUCGACUCACAGCAGCCGGAUUUAGCAUUACAGCUUUGAUCACGGAAGGACUUACCAGAGAUACCAGAGAAAUGGCAAGAGUGCAGAGGUAAUCUUAACGUCGGCCAUGAGUUCGCUGCUUAAAAUACCUGAAUGCCUCUAGUCCGGCCUGGCCCACCUAAUUUGGCGCGAGGAUUAUAACACUCUGCUGCAAAUCAUAAGACGGAGAUCCAGAUUAAUGAGUUGGCUAAGGUUGAAUCCGUAAUAAUGAUGGAUUUCUGCAGGUGCAACAGAUGAAACGAAUCUCGAGAUUCGCAGAAAGAUGAUUGUGCUACAUGAUUCUUCUUUCACUAAUGAAGAUUACUGACUUAGAAUUAUAGUUAGUUUGUGCGAAAGGUAUUGAAAGAGUUUUGAGUUGCAGGCUUAUUAAUGAUCUUUAGGAUCAUAAAAAUCACACAUGACCCAGCCAGCUAUGGGUUGUACAUUAGAUACAUGUGGAUGAGAAUUGCUUAGAUUCUACUUCUAUUUGAUUCCUUCGUUGUGAAUGCA